AAUUAGAUUAUACACAUCCAGCCGUUGACACUUAUAACCUCUUCAUAUAUAAUACCUCCUGAAGUUCCACAAUAUUCUUACCUUCACUUAUGCAGGCCAUAGCUUCCACUGUUGCUAAGCUAAAUCCAUUCUACAUGGUAGUAAGUGCCAUAGUCCAGCAAAUGUUCGCCAUCAUUUGGUUCGGGUGGAUCAUCAAUCAUAUCGAACAUUAUUACUAUGCCGCUGACAAGGGGGUGCGGCGUUCUGAACACGCCAUCCAACGUUAUUCCGCCCUACUCGUGUCUGGAGCUACAUUUUUAUGCUGUCUAGCACGUUCAGCAGUGGUGCUCAUGCUGGUUUCGACCUACAAGGCCUCAACACUGCAGGAUUAUCAAGUGAUAGCGUUUGCAGUUGUCCUUUUCAGUAUGAUUAGUAUGCAUCGCGACCUUGCACGUCAACGCCCUAUUCAAUUGUUGUUGACCCAAUGUGUGUAUGAAGCCGCUAGUACAAUGUUGACAGCGGUUUGUUGCUAUUAUUUACGUCAAUACAGUUUCUAGCAAAUAUAAAUUCGCUUGCGGAAUAGAGGUAAUGAAAUUCUUUAAAAGGCUAUAAAUCAUUUAUUUACUAUAGUAAAUCAAUGAUACGGAUUCGAUCAACAUUAUCUGAAAGCAAAAGAUGAAGGUAUAGCGACAAUUGUUCUGUAAUUUGUACAACCACAUUAGAGAGGAAUCAAGGAAUUUGUUUUUCUUACCUAAUGCGCGUCGAAUUUGCAUCCGUAUUAAUUUAUACACGAUCAAGGCAGUAGGAUGGACAUAUAAAGGGAAUUCGAUGCUCUUGGCCUCCCCUCUGGGGAUUUAUAAUUUGCAUUCAUCAACUAUAAAUGAGUAGCCGCAAUUUCUAAUAGUCUAAAAUAGAAAGUCAUCGUCAAGGCCCCUAGUGUAUCUUUGUGUUACUUUUUCCGUUUGACAAUGAUAAAAAGAAGAAAACAUAUCUUCCUUGACGAGAAAUAGUGUUUUUGCGUCUUUCGCCCUUUUAUCAGUUGAGGGAUAAGUUUUUGUUUAUACAUGUGUAUCUCGACUCUUUUAUAUAGAUAUUACUGAUUGGCUGAUUCCAAUAAUGAGAUCAAAAUGUAUCGU